CUUUACGAAUUCGUUUAUUUAGUCGAUUGUCAAUAUGAUUCAUUUACCUCCUUGGGUUGUACUCAAGGCCAAACAUCACAGGAAGACACUACUCAAGGGAUCUCAUCUACUCUAUCUCCGGUUUCUACAACUAUCAGCUCUUUAGGCCAAACAUCACAGGAAGACACUACUCAAGGGAUCUCAUCUACUCUAUCUCCGGUAUAUACAACUAUCAGCUCUUUAGGCCAAACAUCACAGGAAGACACUACUCAAGGGAUCUCAUCUACUCUAUCUCCGGUUUCUACAACUAUCAGCUCUUUAGUUACAACUCACUCACCAAUCGAAGAAGAAGUUAAUAAGAUAGUGAAUACAAAUAUCACGAUGGCCAAUAUAGAAGUUAUAUCUGAUGAAUUAGUGAAUGUAACAGAGAAAUCGACGACAUUUGAUGAGGAGCUCCUGGAAUCGGUCACCGACAAAUUGAGAAGCAUCGUUGGAUUUGCAUCGGAGCAGAACUUAACAGAAGAUGUCAUUUUACAAGUCUCCGAGAGCGUGAUAGGAGCGGUGGAUAAUAUCUUGAACAUCCCAGAGAGUACCUUCGAGACAACGAGCUCCAAGCAGGUCUCAAACGAAAUACUGACUACAAUCUCCAUAUUGACUGAAGUCAUUCAAAAGACAUCCACUAACAACUUCACCUACAGUGGAUCAAAUAUUAUACUAGCAGUCGUCAAAGUUGAUAGGACGAGUUUUCCACUCAGAACUGCCAUAGGUGGAGCCGGGAAUGACGUCAUCGAUAUUUCAACCGAUGAAGGAACUAUGUCUAAUAUGGCGGACGUAGCAUAUGUUACUUUACCAUCUGCAAUUCUACCUUUAGUGCCAGAUGACAGUAAGGCAAUACCCGUCAGUGUCUUUCUAGUAAACUCGCCCAAACUGUUUCAGGGUGACAGACCAUCUUCAUCAAGUAUUCCAUCGUCUAGAGACAAGCAGAAUCAGCAGCCAAAGAUCACCGUUGUCGCUUCUCCUAUCUUAACUGUGACCAUUGAGGGAACUGAUAUCAAAGACCUCCCUGAUAAUGAAUCAAUUACCUUUGUGUUUCCUGUGAAUCAGAGUUCGGCGGAAAAAUACAAUGGCACCAACCUUCCAGCGCGCUGUGUGUUUUGGGACAUCACCUUGGAAGAAUGGUCUGACGAAGGGUGUAAAAUCGACAAAACUACCUUUACAGACAUGGUGGCCUGUCGGUGUAAUCAUCUCACAAGCUUCGCUGUUCUUUUGGUAUAAUAUCCAUUUCAAAUCUCAUGUUCUCGUUUGUUAACGCGUGAAGCCAUGUUGCUGAUACAGACAUCUUGAUCGUGAACAUAUGUUAAUCAUAUCAAAAGGGGAAAUAAU